CAUCAAUAUACAAGAAAAGAAGAUGAAGGAAAAUUCUCCACCCAGUUCGUAUGUGCCCAUCAGUGACAGCAAGCUUAUCCUGACGUCUGAACUCUUAAGCCUGUUGAAAACCUACAACUGCUACCAUGAGGGGAAAAGCAUCCAGCUGAGACACAGAGAGGAGAAAGGGGCUUUGAUAAUUGAGGGUCUCCUCAACAUUUCCUGGGGACUGAGACGGCCCAUUCGACUCCAGGUACAAGAUGACAAGGAACGUACACACCUGUCUUCAGCUUCCUGGACAUCUGGAUGGCCCAGCUGUCCUAUAAAUAAAUCUCUUCAGGAUGGUAACAUCACUGCUCAUGAGUCAAAUACUCUGCCUGAACAUUGGGCCAAGGGUUCCAGAGACAGCUCAGAACCCCUGGAUUUAGCCAAGGAGACCCCACAGCUGAUGCGGACCAAGAGUGAUGCAGGCUGUGUGCAGCGAAGGCCCAAGUAUCGUGGAUCCAGUGAGGCCCAGAGGAUCCGGAGGCACCGGUUUUCCAUCAAUGGACACUUUUACAACCAUAAGACCUCCGUGUUUACUCCUGCCUAUGGAACUGUGACCAAUGUGAGGGUCAAUAGCACCAUGACAACCCUGCAUGUGCUCACCCUGCUGCUGAAUAAAUUUCGAGUGGAAAAUGGCCCCAGUGAGUUUGCACUCUACAUUGUUCAUGAAUCGGGGGAACGUACAAAAUUAAAGGACUGUGAAUUCCCACUGAUUUCCAGAAUUCUGCAGGGGCCAUGUGAAAAAAUCGCUAAGAUUUUCCUCAUGGAAGCUGACUUGGGAGAGGAAGUCCCACAUGAUGUUGCUCAGUAUAUUAAAUUUGAAAUGCCAGUGCUGGACAGUUUUGUUGAAAAAUUAAAAGAAGAGGAAGAAAGAGAAAUAAUCAAACUGACCAUGAAAUUCCAAGCUCUACGUUUAACAAUGUUGCAGCGACUGGAACAACUGGUGGAGGCCAAGUAGCCCAGCUAGAGAUCACCUUCCCUGAAGCCCCACAGCAAGUGCACACUAAGUGAUGUGAUCACCACUAACUGAUGACAUUGACCAAUGGCCACUGGUUGAGAAAUCCAGCCACUGUGCUUCUGUCUACCUGCCUAAUUAUUUUGAGGCUUUUGU